CACUGCGAGCCACUUCCUUGCAGACUAUUUUAGGAGGAAAACCAACUGGAGGAAAUCCAUGGAGUUCCUUCUUUUCACGUUUGUCGGUGUGGUUCACCUUCUAUCCCUGAGCUCUGGGAAGCCGAUAUAUAAGAAUGACAUCUCUCGGAGGACUUUUCAAGAAAUAAAGGAAGAAAUAGCCAGCUACAGAGAUGUGGCUAAAGCAAUCAUCGACCUUGCUGUUUACGGCAAAGCCCAGAACAGGUCCUAUGAGCGACUGGCACUUCUGGUUGAUACCGUUGGACCCAGACCAAGCGGCUCCAGGAGCCUGGAGAAAGCCAUCCAAAUCAUGUACCAGAACCUGCGGGAAGACGGGCUGGAGAACGUCCACUUGGAGCCAGUCAAAAUACCCCACUGGGAAAGGGGAGAAGAAUCUGCUGUGAUGCUGGAGCCAAGGAUUCACAGGAUGGCUAUCUUGGGUCUUGGCAGCAGCAUUGGGACUCCCCCAGAAGGCAUUACAGCAGAAGUUCUGGUGGUGACCUCUUUCGAGGAACUGCAGAGAAGGGCCCCAGAAGCAAGAGGGAAGAUUGUUGUUUAUAAUCAACCUUAUGUCAACUACUCGACGACCGUGCAGUACCGGGUCCAGGGGGCAGUGGAAGCCGCCAAGGUGGGGGCUUUGGCAUCCCUGAUCCGAUCAGUGGCUUCCUUCUCCAUCUACAGAGCUAAUGUUGAGAAGUGUGUUCUCGAAGAGCCCUUUCCAGGAGAAAUAAGAGUCUCGUGUGGGUUUGCAGAGGCCUGCACGGAGGUUUCUUUGGGAGGAGGUCACCUGAUUUCUGAGGUGGAGGACAGAAAGCCGUCAACUAUGCACCAAUUCCGCGUUGGCCACGUCAUCGGUGGUUGUGCAAGGGCAGCCUUGGCAGCAGGUCAACGUCCCCACACAGGUAUUCAGGAAUAUCAGGAUGGUGUGCCGAAAAUCCCAACAGCUUGUAUUACGGUGGAAGAUGCAGAGAUGAUGUCAAGAAUGGCUUCUCGUGGGAACAGAAUUGUUAUUCAGCUGAAGAUGGGAGCAAAGAACUACCCAGACGCUGAUUCCUUCAACACUGUAGCAGAGAUCAUUGGAAGCAAAUACCCAGAGCAGGUUGUUCUGGUCAGCGGACAUCUGGACAGCUGGGACGUUGGGCAGGGUGCCAUGGAUGAUGGCGGUGGAGCCUUUAUAUCAUGGGAAGCACUCUCGCUUAUUAAAGAUCUUGGGCUGCGACCCAAGAGGACCCUGCGUUUGGUGCUCUGGACUGCGGAGGAGCAAGGCGGGGUCGGCGCCUUCCAGUACUACCUGCUGCACCAGGCCAACGUCUCCAACUAUAGCCUGGUGAUGGAGUCCGACCUGGGAACCUUCCUGCCCUCUGGGCUGCAGUUCACCGGCAGCGACGAGGCCAGGGCCAUCGUGGAGGAGGUCAUGCGCCUGCUGCAGCCUGUCAACGUCACGCGGGUCUUCAGGGCCGGAGAAGGGACGGACAUUAACUUCUGGAUCCAAGCCGGAGUGCCCGGAGCCAGCCUGCUCGACGACCUCUACAGGUACUUCUCCUUCCAUCACUCCGACGGAGAUACCAUGACCGCCUUGGAUCCGAAGCAAAUGAACGUGGCCGCCGCCGUUUGGGCUGUGGUCUCCUACGUCAUCGCCGACAUGGAGGAAAUGCUGCCCAGGUCUUAGCAAGACGAGCAAGCCCUUUGGUCUCCUCCGGCCAGGAAUGCUGGCUCCCGCUUCAACUGACGGGCCCAUCGGACCUGGUCCGUUCCCAAAGCACAGGACUUUCUCAUCCUUUCUGUUACCAUCUUUCUUGAUACUUUCCAAAUUCUCUGUUUCUACAGGAAGAAAUGAUCCCCAACCCCACGUCGAAUCAAAAUAUGGUGGGGAUCACGUGGGGACCUUUCUUUAUACCAUCCAUAAAAACUUACGGCUUCUUCUUUGAAAUUAAAUACUGGAUAAAUGUCUGGAAGAUCUCUGGGCUUUAUGUGUGUAUUAAUAAUCAUUAAAUCAAAUGCAGUGACA